AUGUCAGUGUCAGCCCCUACUACCUCCGAGCUCAUCUUCUCUGAGCAAGCAAAUCACAACUUCUCGAAAACCCUCGGCGAACUCAAGCGAUCGACCCUGUCGAUCCACAAUCGUCUCGAGUCCAUCCAGCACGAUGCUGCAUUCGCACGGCAAGUCGCCGACGCUUACAACAGACCCUUGAUCGCGAACGAGAGAUGUGGAAGCUGGUAUAUCGAUCCGGUAUCCAAGGGUGGGAGUGCCUACUUCAAGAGUACGGAUGGGCACACAGGCGUCUGGAAGUUCAGCUCGAGGAGGCUGAAUCUGCAUCUGCUGGCACUCAUUGGGAAGAACGACGGGUGCAUCAUUGUGGAUUCUACGCGGAGAGGGAAACGAGGAAUGCCGGACGCCCUCUCCAAAACAAUUCCAAUCUGGUGCGCCGUUCUCAAUCGAGUCCUGUUCCCUAACGAACGGCAACGGCACCACCUCUACACGCCUCCGCAGGUUGUCUCUGAGUCGGAGCAUGCACAAGUGACCGCCCUCCUCCCGUCCUUCGCCGAAGCCCUUCGGGCCCUCAAGAUACCCCUCGACGAGCUACGCUCCCACGUCUCGAAACCUCUCCGGCCAGUCUGGAUAACUCCGGACUCGGACCUUACUUCCACUGCAUGUAUCUUCGACGCCUUCCAUCCAGUGAUAUGCUGCACCGUCUCGCGGAGAGUGGCAGGCGGAGAGCUUAGCGGAGGCGGCUACAUACAGGGUGCAGGCGAUGACACCGAGAACUGGGCAUACGGUCUGACGCCGCCUGUGUUCUGGAGUAACAAACAGGCCCUCCUGUCGAGCCCGGAAAGCGAUCUGCCCGACCUUAUCGAGGCACUGGUCGAGAAAGCCAAAGCGACAGGGCGCGAUGUGCAAGGGCUGAGGCUGGUGGAGCCGACUUCGCUCCUGUUUGUAGGUCCAGCCUCUGCGACUCUGGAUGUGGUAGAUGCGUGCACUGUUUCUCUAUUGCCCAAAAUUACACUAGAGGCAACAUGGCAAACUUCAGCCGUCCGAGUCGAUGUAGGCCUCGGCCCUCAUAAGCUCGGGAGUAGAAAUCUCCGGACGGCCUUACCUUUCAUCAUGGCAUUUGUACGAAAGGUGCUUUCUAGCGCCGAAUCUGCGAGAACCUCUCUUAUCAUCGUAUGCGAGAGUGGCAAGGAUCUGUCUAUAGGCGUUGCACUUGCAUUAUCUUGUCUCUUUUUCGACGAUCAAGGUCGAAUGGAUCUGAAUAAGGCUGGGCGGAUUGACAAAGACUUCAUCAGGAGUCGCCUCGGAUGGUUCGCAACGUCCAUGCCUGAUGCCAAUCCGAGCCGAGCCACGGUGCAAAGCGUCAAUAGCUACUUGAUGGAAAGGCCCCAAUAA